AGCGUAAAGAUGUGUGUUUAAUGUGUUUUCGCAAUUUUGCAAUAAUGGAGCCCACAAACGUUAGUUAUUACGAAGAAAACAAAUCUACAAGUUCUACAGUCGUAGCGAACAUCGUUUCACGAGGAGAUACAGUGUUUGGUCGCGAAAUAGUGAUUCCCUUGAACUCUUUUGACUUGAUAUCAGUGUAUCCAUCCUUGAAGUGCUCUAGAAAGUGGUGUAGACUCACUCAUAAGCCGUUCCUAGAUCCUUGUACAGCAAGAUUUUUGGACCCUAUGGUAGCUUGAGUGCUAAAAUGGCCUAGCAUCCUCACAGACUUUACGUAGUGUCUUAGUAAAGUAACGUAACCACAAUGCAUACUAAUCAGUGGCGCAAUAGGCGCAAUCAGCUCAAUUUGAGCCCUAUUCCAGCGUUUAACAUGUACUCAAUAGCAAACUACAGUACCGAUACAUCAAAGACAGACUUGUCAAAGAGUUUCGCCGAAGAAAUGUUGAUACACAACUUGCAUAUGAUGCCAAAUCCGCUCCAAAAGAACUUAGCGGACACCAUACCAACAGCGGAAAAGCCAAAACCACCAUUUACAGAGCCUAAAUUGGAACCUAAAGCAUAUCCAGAGCCUAAAAUGGAAAAAGAGCAAGCCAGAACUGAAUAUUCUUUUAGUUUUGGCAGUUUUUUCUCAGGGGUUAUUAGUGCAAUAUCAAGCGGCGUUUUUAGGCGUCGGGAGCCAACGCAGCAAUACUACGAUUGUUUUGAUCCCGAGCCGAGCUGGCAGACGGCCAGCGAAGCGGAUUUAAAUAAGUCUACACGCUCGCAGUCGCUCAAGGAAGACGACGCCAUGAGUGCGGAUUGUCGGAGCGCCGCGGCGCAUUGCGAGGACAAACUCAACCGAGUAAGACACUUACUCAGCACCAAACCUGUUCCCACCACCCCAAAAUACAGAAGAAAGCCUAAGAGAGUCUUUGUCGAGCCCGGGUCGGUCGAGGAAUCCUUCGAAGAUGCCUUCUCACCCGAAGACUUUGUCCGACUCUCAAACAGCAACCAUAUUGAGUGCAUCAGUCCGUUUAACCAUCAUAAAGAAGAGGUGAUAGAAGCUGCAGCCGUGAGAGUCAAGGCGGAGGUGAAGGAAGUUAUGGAUAUCGUCCAGACGCUGCCGGUAGCAGAAAUUGUUCCCGUAGAUAAAACUAACAGUCAAAAUGUAGAAAUAAAGGAUGCUAUAGCUAAUACUCAAGUAGAAUCACAAGCAGAUGUAAAAGACACUCUAAAAACUGAAUCAAAAGGAACAAUUGAUCAUAUAGAAGCUAAAAUUGAAGUUAAACUUGAUUUACCAAAUGUACCUGAAGAAAUACAAGAAAUAAAAGAAAAACAAGAAGUUAUCGCAGCGUGUGAAGACAAAGUAAACAGACUAAAAGCUUUGCUGCAACGCCGAAAACCUAAAUCUAGAUUAACGAAAACUGAAUCGGAUUCUGUUUUGGAACCUGUGACAGACAUGAACGACAAGAAAUUACACGAUAAGCACUUUAAAAACCCGGCGAGGACAACGGAUAAAAGAAAUCAAUCGCAAUUAAUAAAGAAUAUUCAAGAAGAUAUGAGUUUUGGUAACUCUUUAGACACUGAAGAGGUCUCAAGCCCUGAUAAUUCACCGAUAUUACCGCCGACUAAGCUUUGUGAUAUGAUCAACUUACCGAAGUUAAUACCUGAACCGGAACCUGAAUACUUUGAUGAAGUCCAUGGUCGCUUCCAUUCUACAUCGACGGACAGUGACGACUCAUUCCAAAUAGUCUUCACCGACAGCCCGAAGGCAGCAAGACACCGCACAUUAUCCGACUGCGACUCUGAAGACUCAUUCAUCGUUUUCGAAGACUCACCAGACAGUUGCUACACAUCUCAUGAUGUGUUCGGUGACUCUACAGUAGAUAGUGACUCUGAUUCGGACGUUAGUGACUCGGGCUGCGGUGUAUCGUGUAAAUUGUCACAUUCGCUGACUCGGACCGUUGGGGACCUGACCGACGACAGUUUGUUUGACGAUACAGUGCGGGAGGAGAGUGGGGAUGAAGUGGACAGUGUGACAGUGUGUGAGGAGUUGGAUUUGGCCGAGGAGGUGAAUACUGGAUUGCUUCUGAAUGAUGCUAAGAAACUACUGAGGAGACAGCAGCCACCUAAGAAGGUGAGUGUUUUUUACUUGAUUUUGAUUUUUUGCUCCGUUGUGUACUGGGUGAUCAAAUGA